GGUUUAUUAGUGUUAAAUAUUAUCUGAUAGGAGAGGCCAUGGAUGGUGUGAAGUUACUUAGGAUUAUGAAAAGAAAAAUGUAAGGAUAUGGCUAUGGAGGAACUCACAGUCUCUUAAAACAUUUUCGGAAAGACAAGUUUGGUUAGCGGGAAAGGACAGGAAUGGGAACUCAGUUGUACAGUUUUCAUUCAUCACUGACACUGUCACUACCAUAUUCAUAUUCAUGUCCUCCCAACAACAACAACAACAACUUCCACUCACUAAACUAUUCUUGUCCCCAGCUUCACUUUUUCUCACCACCCAAACAUAGUCCCAGAACCAGAACGUUCUUCAGGUUAAGGAUGGCCCCAUUGGUCCGGGCUGCACAAACCCCAGUGGUUGAACGAGUGGUCGUACCAAACAAAUAUGGUGAAAAACUAGUGGGCUUAUUUCAUGAAACUGGAUCUGAGGGAAUUGCUAUCUUAUGCCAUGGUUUUCGAUCCUCAAAGGAAAAUACAAUGAUGCUUAACUUAGCUGUUGCUUUGGAAAAGGAAGGAAUUAGCUCCUUCCGUUUUGACUUUGCUGGAAAUGGGGAAAGUGAAGGUACCUUUGAGUAUGGGAACUAUCAGAGAGAGGCUGAUGAUCUACGUUCUGUAAUCGAACAUUUCUUUGGAGCCAACCGCACCAUCAGUGCAAUUCUUGGACAUAGUAAAGGAGGCGAUGCGGUGCUUCUGUAUGCUUCAAGAUAUACUGAUGUUAGUGCUGUUGUCAAUGUUUGUGGGCGUUAUGAUCUGAAGAGAGGCAUUGCGGAACGCUUUGGAGAAGAUUUCAUGCAAACACUAAAGGAGAAAGGAUACAUUGAGGUCAAAGAUAGAAGAGGAACCAGUUACCAAGUGACUGAAAAGAGUAUGUUGGAUCGUCUGAAUACUGAUAUCCACUCAGCAUGUCUUAAGAUCAGCGACGAUUGCAGGGUCCUGACAGUCCACGGAUCAGCUGACAAAACCAUUCCUGUUGAUGAUGCAAUAGAGUUCUCCAAGAUAAUAAAAAACCACAAAUUGCAGAUUGUAGAAGGAGCUGAUCAUCGUUUCUCCGAUCAUCAAGCUGAGUUAGCUUCAAUCGUUACAGAGUUCAUUAAAGAUUCCCUGUAGAAGAAGAACUGAACAAAGCUAGAUGCCUCUGGUUAGGUUUAUUUACUACUCUUUUCUCUUGAGUUCACAAUCAAGCUCGGAGUUUGCUUGAAAAGAACAGUGAGAGCAUCAUGAUUUACUGUGUAAAAAAUAAGAUUCAAAUAUUUUAUUACUUUAGCAAUUAUUUUUUUUUAUACGUGGUUAA